AUGUCCAGCUCUCCACCAGUUGUUUCCGGCGCUCCUAGCACUGCUAAACGCGCAUCCGGACGUGUUCGCAAGCAGACCGCCCAAUACGCGUCUAGCCCUUUCAGCGGCUCGAAGCGCAAACGCGGCGAUGACGAGAAUGGCGAUGCCCAGAUGCCAGACGACUACGAGUCAGAUGAGGAUAUGCCGACCGACGAGGACGAGCCAGCAGAGGAAGAAAUCAGGGAGCGCAAGAAGAAGACGCAGAAGCCAAAAGCCUCUGCACCCAAGAAGCCCGCGCAAAAGAAGGCCAAGGUGAACGGCACAGCUCUCCCACUCAGGAGGAAGAAGGCACCGAAGAAGAAAGCAGCUGCGGUCGCUGUGGAUGCUGAAGAAGUUGGUGGGCUCUACGGACAAGUGUUCGCCAGCGACGAUAGCCUUGAAACCGUUGCCUCGGACUGGCUGAAGAGUUUCGACGAGCAUGAGGCACAAGCCAUGGCCGACGUGAUCAACUUUGUACUGCAGUGUGCCGGUUGCGGUACUGAGGUCACGGAUCACGACAUCGACGAUCCUGACAAUGCCACGAACAGACUCACAGAGAUCCAGGACGAGUACCAGCUAACAGAGCCAACGGAAUUUCCUCUCCACCGCAAAGGCAAGGCCGGUGUUGCCUUCAAGGAGACGGUGUCGGGGUUCGUUAUUGUUCUGGUUCGAUCCAUCGCCGCCAGAGGACUACUGUAUAGCGACCCUAUCCUGCUGGAGAACAUCGAAGUCUGGCUUUCAGCGAUGACUUCUGCUGCAAGCCGCGCGUUCAGGCACACUGCGACUGUGGCCUCGCUCAGCAUCAUCACAUCUCUUUGCGAAGUGACCGCUGAGCGGGCGAACGAAGCAGCGGCUGCGCAGCGACAAUCGGACAGCGAGAAGAAGAAGACAAAGGUUAACCAAGCUCGUGUGAAGCAGCUUGACAAGAAGGUCACGGACACCAACCAGAUCCAAGAAUGGUUGGAAGUACAGAUCAAGGACUGGUUUGACACCGUCUUCAUCCACCGAUACCGCGACAUCGACCCUGUCAUCCGGAAGGAGUGUGCGAGUGCACUCGGCGACUGGAUCAUGAUUCUACCACACGUCUUCUUCGAUGGCUCCCAUCUGCGCUAUUUGGGCUGGAUACUCAGUGACUCUUCAGCGGCGACCAGAGCCGAAAUCCUCAAGCAACUACAGCGGCUGUACGCCGAAGCGGACAAGAUCAGUGGUCUGAAGACGUUCACUGAACGCUUCCGCGAAAGGCUUGUUGAGAUUGCCAUAUCCGACGCAGAGACCAACGUCCGCGUGGCUGGAAUCGAGCUGUUGGACCUCUUAAGAGAGCACGGCCUCAUUGAGCCCGAAGAUGUUGAUGCAGUUGGCCGCCUGAUCUAUGAUGUUGACCCACGGGUCCGCAAAACCGUGGCCAAGUUCUUCGCCGAGAAUGUCAACGAUGCCUACAACAGCAGGAUCGACAAUCUUGGUGGCCCGGAGAGUCUCGAGGAGUCUCUGCCCGAGCUCGCGGAGGGAAACAUGGAGACGCCAAGGGCGGACUGGCUGAAGUUCAAGUCACUUGCUGAGAUGCUUGUGAACUAUGAUGCUGGCGAUGACCUUCCCAGCCAGGUCGAGCGGCACCGUGGUGAUGGCGGUCUUGUGUUGCACGCCGUGGCGAUGGAAUCUCGUUUCACCUUGGCCGCAGAUGCACUCUAUGAGAAGAUGGAAGAUAUCAUGGAUUGGCAAGCUCUAGCUGGAUACCUGCUCUUCGACCACUCGAUCAAGAAGGUCAAGGGCACGCAGGACACACUCACGCAGCUGAAGAAUGAGGUUGUCCUGGACGAGUCAGAGGCCUUUGUACUACUGGAGAUUGUGAGCACGAGUGUCAAGCGCCAUCUCCAUGACCUGCAUGAAUCGAGCGUCUCUACCAAGCGGAAGCUCACCAAAAGGGAGAAGGCGGAGCUGAGCGAAGAUCAAGAGGAAGCCGCACGCCAUCUCGCCAGUCUCAUUCCCCGGCUGUUCAAGAAAUUUGGUGACGUGCCGAAUACCGCGGCGGCGGUUCUGCGUAUGGAGAGUGUGCUUAACAUGCCUUCAUUACGUGGGCUGCAUGAAGACACUGCGACCUACGGCGCCAUCCUGGACGAUAUCCGCAAGCAAUUCAUGUCUCACGGAACCGAUGAUGUGCUUGGGCCGGCCAGUAAUGCUAUCCAGCACGCCAAGUCAUACACAGAUCUCGAGGAAGUCACGGACGAGAAGAUCAGUAACCUGUGGGCGGAUGUCGUCGAGAAUCUGACAGAACUGCUCGAUCACAAUACAAUCACCGUGCGUGGCGCCACCCAGGAAGAGGUGUUGCGUGCUCUUAGCAACAAUCUGUUACGCAUCGUACGCCUGUCACAAGUGUCUGAUCCUAUCCAGUCACUGGAAGACAGCACGAAUGUAUCCAGUGACUACCAAGGCGCCAUUGACUGCAUCAUCGCUCUUGUUCAACGCGGCAUGCCUUCCUCAGGACCUCCGCCUGACCCCGAAGAUGCUGCUCUCGAAGACGAGAUCGCUGCUCGUGCUGCGGAGGCCGGCAUACUCUAUCUGCAGUGGAAGCUGGCCGGCAUCAUCCGAACCUUGACAUCAGGCACCGAGAGCGAAAUCUCCUACGAUGAGCUGGAACUUCUGGCAACACGCCGCGACCAGUACGUCACCAACCUCAACUCCGUCCUCGAAUCCCGCAAGUCCUCAGACCCCAUCUGCAUCACCAUGGCCAAAUACAUCCUCGAGCUCCACACCACCGCCGUCGUCCUCAAGACCAUCCCCCUCAAACCCGGCAUGCGCGACGACUGGGCCGUGCUGAUCAUGAGCCUGCACGACUCCUACACCAAAUCCAUCAUGAAAGUCUUCUCCGCCGCAGAAAAGAACUUCGCCCGUCUCAGCGGGAAGAAGCUGGAAGACAAGCCCGUUCACGACAACAGCGACAUCGACGCCGAUCCCAUGGACGAAGACCCCCUCUCCGACUCUGAAGACGAGAGCGACGACGACGAGCCAACGCAAACGCAGGCUUCCCAGCAGAGGAAAGAGACGAAGCAGCGCCGGACGCUGUUCGCAGAGCAGACCCUCUGCGAACUCACACGCAGUCUGAUCUACGCGAUUCAUGCCGGCGUCAUCGACGGGACGUCGACGAGGAAGAGGCUUGAGCGUAAUAAGCUGAAGCUGGGGCAUAAUUACAAGGAACUCUGCUCGUACCUGGACAUCGGGCAAGUUGAAGGGAAGAAAGGCCGGGGAAAGAAAGCUGCGGCGAAGGGGAAGGCGAAGCCUGCGACUGUUAAUGGGACGGCGAAGGGGAAGAAGGGCGCGAAGAGUAAUGCUAUUGUUGCUGAGGAUGAGACGGAGGAUGAGAUUGAGAAUGCGGAUGAUGAGGAGGGGUUGAGGAGGAGGGGGUUGGUUGAUGAGGAGGUGGAGGACGAGGAGAUGGUGGAGGGAGAUGGGUUUGGGGGUGGAGGGGAGGUGGAGAGUGUGCUUGGGGAUUGA